AUGUCAGAAAAUGAAGUUCAAUUGAAUUUAAACCCAUCACCAUUUGUUGGUGAAGAAUAUACAAGAUGGUCAGUGGAAGACGUGGUUAAAUGGUGUAUAUUCUCCCUAGAGCUACAAGAUGAAGAUCCACUCGUCGAUCAACUACGUAAAAAUGCAAUUAACGGUGAACUAUUGGGAGAAUUGACAUUGGAAGAUUGUAAGGAAUUAUGUGAAGAUGAUUUAAGCUUGGCAAUCCGUUUCAAAGUUCUCUGUAACAGAUUGCAGCAGGGAGUUAAUGGUGAUACGAAAUUACAAGAACAACAGGAGAAUAUGAUAGUUGCAUUGAAGAAUUUGCACUCAGCAAUUUCACAAAAAUUACAGGAAUUCCAGUCUCAAUACACCAGAUUACGUGGUGACGUACUUGAAGUCGUAAAAACUUCAAAUUCAAGCCCGAAACCUCCAUCUCAACAGCAGUUUGCUUAUCAACAGCAAGCUGCUGGUAGUGACUAUUUCGAUACCACUCAUCAUGGUGGAGAGUUCGCUACAGGUCAAGCAACACCCCAUGGUAUUUCUCGUAAGAUGAGUGGUCAUUCCGUGAAGCCUGCUAAUCCAAGUAGAUCAACGUCUUCGCAUCUGGUAAAUGAAACACUGGCACCAUCACAGGCGUCACAACAAGUUUCAUCAGAACCAUUAAAACAAUUGCGUGCUUCGAAAGAAGACUCAUGUGAACGUAUAUUAAAAAAUGCUAUGAAAAGACACAAUCUUAGCGAUCAGGACUGGAGGGGGUACGUACUUGUGAUCUGCUACGGUGAUCAAGAACGUGUACUAGAUUUAGACGAAAAACCAGUGGUAAUCUUUAAAAAUUUGAAGCAACAGGGACUGCAUCCUGCAAUUAUGUUAAGACGGCGAGGUGACUUUGCAGAAGUGGAUACUGAAGGUAAUGUCACACCAGGUGGGAGGCUCUAA